GCUGAAAUCCGGCUCUUUAAAGGGAAAAUAUUCUAUUGGUGAUCGCCCCACUCCCUGACUCGGCACGUGGCACGCAUUUUAGCAUUGUCAGUGGAACAAAUAGAAAAUAAAGUGCCGUAAAUACAUUGCGACUUUUCUGAAAGUUAGCAAAAACAAUGUAGUCUACAGUAAUCAAUCACAAUGCGAUGACUUGUUAGCUAACCAGGAGUGGGCUUUGCCUCUGUUCUAUAAGUUUGCAUGUCAACACCGAGUGGAAUGGGAAUUCUUUGGUUUAUGUCGUCGUGGGUCAUGUAAGUGUUUAGAACGAGACUUACAGCAAUGGAGAACUUUAGAAUGACCCUGCCCGAAAAGCGAUCAUCUCCAUGCUGUAAUUUCAGGGGCAAAAUCGUAUUUGUUCUCAUAUUUUAUACGUAAUUAUAACCGUACACGUAACUAGAAUUGUGCCGAAUAUCAGGUUCUACUCAUUCUGGAACAUUGACGAGAAUGUGCGCUGCUCAUUCACUCAGUCCUGCAUUUGUACAAUUGGUAAAUCCACAAGCACUUGUAAUCACCGCAACAACAACAAACAUCAGAGGCGAGUCCCAAAUUGGCUCAAACUUAUCCAGCACCGAAGCAUGGUGGCCACGACUCACUCCGCCAUCCAACCUCGCCGGCGCUGUCCCCAACCCCCCUCCUAGGGCCAAAUGUCGUGAGCACUGCUGAGACUCGGGUUACCCGUGGAGGGCUUCAGGGAGGGAGGGAGAGAGGGCGAGAGAGUGGGAGGGAUCGUGAAGGGUGAGGUGGGGAGAGGUUUGUAGCGACAGAAAGAAUCGAUAUCAGCAGGCGAGAGAGAGAGAGAGACGCAAGGCAGGCAGGCAGGCAGCCUGCAUGCGGGUUGACAUCACUGCGAGAGUGGAUGCCACAAUGGCACCUCGAAACAAAAGGCUUCGCCGGCCUGCGCCGUUACAUCAACGCCAUCCUUAAUCGGGUUGCAUUUUUAUUUUGCGGCAACAAGGACAUGCGAACCGUUGUGUUGUGCCCAGAGUGAAGGCUUUAUAUUUUUGUUUUAUAACGCGGGCCACUGUUAAAUGUUUAUUUAUUUAUUUAACAAUAACUAUUACUCUAUGACAGCUCGCCUCUUGAUUUGGACGAAAGGCGGCGUGGUCGACAAGUUGACUGCAGCCCCACGACGUGAAAUGGCUACAGAGGUUAUUCAAGAAGAUGACUUGGCUGCCCACAUAACACAGCUGCACACGCUGGUGUCGGAGCUGAAGGAGGGCUUCACGGGCGCCGUCCAGGAGUUGGCUCGGAUCCAAUACGGGGACUCGUACCUGGAGGAGAGGAUUGAGCGCGACCGUGCCGAGUGCGCCCAGCAGACGCAGCAGCUCAAGGAGCUGCUGCUGGGGCUCAAGGACGAGCUGGCGGACGUGGCGGUGCAGUUGCGGAAGGUGUCGGAGCGGCAGGCGAGCCUGGAGCAGCAGGUGGAGGCGCUCGCGAGCGAACGGUCGUGUGCCCCAGCGCAGCGGCAGACGCCCGUCACGCGCAGGGCUCUGUUUGCCGGGGCGGUGGCCGCUGCCGCCGCCGCGUCGGCAGCCGCGGCUGCGCCCGAGCUGUCCCCGCGCUCCAGCUGCAGCAGCACGGACGCCCUGCCGAGCGUGAGCAGCGAGGUGACGGCCGACAGCGGCGUCCACUCCGAGGAGCCCGGCUCGCUCUCCUCCUCCUCCGCCAGCCAGGCGUGCAGAUCUACCAAGAAUUUCAAGCAACACCAGGUUGCUUUGCCGUAUGAAGGAGGUGAGACCUGCAAAACUCGGGCCGCAGAGAAGACGAGGACACGCCACAGGCACACGGCAGUCAGCCGCUCCAAGGAGAGGACUCAGCCAGCUCGUGAGCCGAACUCCGCAAGCGCAAACGGCUGCGGCAACCCCACGGAGAGCCGGGCCUUUCUGCUGGCGAGCAGCCGAGUCGGCGCGAGGACCCCCACGAGAAUGCUGCCCGGCGAUCGCAGCAACGGCGGCACGGGCGCGAAACGACCGCAAGACGAGGCGGACGACGACGACUCCAUGCGGGACGCUUCGAUUCUCGACUUCCAGUCCGAUGACGCCUCGUCAACUUCGAGUCUCGAAGCGACCUCGGCUCGGCCGGCUCGGGCCGCGGUCUCUCCGCCGCGCGCCGAUUACGGCGUGCUAGGCGACGGGGACGGGACGGACGGCGAGAGCACCCGCCGCCUCCGCUUCCCCGCGGAAGUCACAUCCAGGCGGAGGCCGCCGCCGCCGAGGAACGGAGAUUUGGCCGGGCGGCUGUCGAGGUGCGGCGUGUCGGAGGAAGACAUCCUCGCGCGUUUGGAGAGCGACCACGGCUACGCGCAGUCUCGCUUCGCGCGCUCCCUGGCUCGCAGCCGGACUACGGAGAACGUCUCGAUGUGCGUGGCCGAUGUGGACCCGGAUCCCGUGGGGCAGCGUGCGCCGGACGGCCGGGGGUGUGCCGCGGACGGCGGCGACGGGGCGGCGCUCGCGGCCACUCCCACGCGGGGUGGAAAGUCACAACAGCGGCCGGCGAGGAACGACGACGGCCGCUUCGGGCUGAGGGACUCCCUGCGGAAGCUCUUCAACAAGAAGAGCUCGACCGUGCGCUUUGCGGAUCCGCCCGUCAGCCGACCACGGAGCAACACGCCAAGCCGGGCCCUGGGGAUUGGAAACCUGCGCAUUGAGGACUUUCUCGACUGCGGGGAGCCAUGCAGCGCUGUGUGACAAACACUCACGCAACAAAUUGCUCCGCGAUCAUUUUUGUGUUUCGCUCAGUGAAGGUCCAAGGCGGAAAUCUGCGUGUGUUUUGACUUAAUGGAAUGAAGAGUUUUCAAAACAGUGUACACUGCAAUCACAAAUGCCACCACUCACUGUGUAAAAAUGUACAUACGGGUACUGUAAAGUAUAUCUUGUGUAGGGUACUGCACGUAUAAAUUAUUAUUAUUCCACCGUCGGCUCGUGGCUUCCGUUUUGGGAGUCUUUACACUCCGCCUCGCGUUUUCAAGUCUCAGGAGACACGUGUCCGUGGAUUCAUCUCACAGUCGUAAUGUCAAGGUGAUCUUCUUUCGUGUGGAUUAAUAACAGCGGAUUAAAGAUGUAAUGUUAGAUUUGUUAGCCACUCAAUUGUCUGUUUAGACGCAGAGCGGAUCUCGAGCCGCUCCUCCUUUAAAGGAGUGAAGGCAGCAGCAGCGGCAGUGGCGGAGUGUUCACGAUGCGGUCGAUGGUUUGGGAUUCGUGGCCGUACCACUCGCAGGCCGCCGAAUCUUUGACGCGCCGUUUGUGCGUCAGGUGGCCGCAUCGGCCAUUCCCGGUCCCGAUUCUCGUUGACGAUCGACCAUUGGCGGCGUGGAGGGUUGAAACCGGAAGGUUCGAUGGUCGGGUUCUACUGUCGAACGCGAAGGCGAUGCCGUUGAUGAUGACAAUGCUGCACCAUCUUCUUUGGUUCUUUCGGUAAAGUCACGUAGAAUGAGAAUAAAAUAAUAAAUUGAUAAAAUAAAAUAACACAAUAAUAUUAUCACGACGUU